CUAUUUCCUAUUGUUUAUAUGGCAGACCAACAGACACAAGUGGAUAACAAUGCUAUCCAGGAAAACCAAUUUGUUAUUAUAGAAAUGCCAAGUGGCAAUGCUAAAAUUGUGAAUUUAAAACCAAACACUAAUGUAAGUUUAGGUAAAUUUGGUACAUUCAAGUCAGAUUAUCUUAUUGGUAAACCAUGGGGUUUAUCAUAUGAGAUUAUCGGUAAAAAAGGUGAAAUUCAGCCUGUGCGUCAUGUAUCCAAGCAUGAAAGUAUUGAGGAAACCGAUGCCAAUAAUCAAACCAUCAUUGACAAUGGCUCAGUGCAGAAAUUAUCGCAGGAAGAAGUCCUCAAGUUAAAAGAAAAGGGACUAAAGGGUGAACUAGCAACCGAGGAAAUUAUCAAGAUGAUGGUUGAUUCUCACUCUGAAUUUGAAAAGAAAACUGAAUACUCUAAAGCCAAAUAUAUUGCGCGCAAAAAGAAGAAGUUCAUGAAAGUUUUUACACCUAUUCGUCCUACACUCAACUCGAUUACGGAUUACUUUUUCACCAAGAAUCCAGACAAGAUCAAGAAUCUUCGUAUUGAUACACUUUCUCAGCUUUUGAGUUUAGGAAAUAUCCAUGCUAACUCAAAAUUGCUUGUGAUUGACGAUACACAGGGUCUCAUUGUGUCUUCUCUUCUUGAGCGUAUGGGUGGAUUUGGUCAACUUGUUGCUCUUCAUGAAGGUGAUUUCCACAACUAUGAUAUUUUACGUUACAUGAAUUUCCCCAAGAAUAUUCAGAAUAUUUUACACACUGUUCCAUUUGCUUUAGUUGAUCCAUCUAUUCCAGAAGAAACCUUUGAGGCAUUAUCCGACGAAGCCUUUGCUGCGCUAGGUACAGAUCAAAAAAGAGCUUAUAUUCGACGAAAAACAUCUUGGGAAUACAAAGUCAACUCAAGGAAGCUUUUGUAUGAAGGCAAUUUUGACGGCUUAAUUAUAUCUUCCAGCUACCAACCAGAAACGAUUCUCAAGGAACUCAGUCAAUAUCUUUCUGGAUCUCGACCUGUGGUUGUGUAUAGUUUUAGUAAAGAAGUCUUAUUGACAGCAGCUUAUUGGAUGCGUAGAAGCAAAGAUUUCUUAAAUGCUGAUAUUACAGAAAGCAGUUUACGUGAAUAUCAAGUCUUGCCCGGGCGUAUGCAUCCUCAUAUGAUGAUGAGUUGUGGUGGUGGUUAUCUUUUGUCUGGUCUUCGUGUCAUUGAUUGUCCUUAUGAUCCUUCACUCAAAAGAACAGAUAGUAAUGAUAGACGUACCAAGAAGAAGAAGAUAACUGUGCAAGAACAAGUCACAGUAAACGAUCAAGAGGAACAAAGCAAGGAAUGAGACAAAGUUUGUAAAACGGCCACAUGUAAUUGCCCUUAAAACAAGCACUUUUUCGCCCUCCGCAUAGAAAAAAAGUGACGAUGAAUUUAUCGGUUGUCAAAAUAAAAGUUUUCGUUCUCUCCCCCUU